UCUGCUGGUGGCAGUCGACUUGAGGUUUGAUGCGGCGACGAGGUCCUCCUUGACCAAAGUACUCGUCCACUUCUCACCCGACGAGCGGCUAGAGCGCGCAACUUUCAGCACCCGCUCAGAACAAACGAGAACAUCUCACACCGGGUUUUCGGUCCAGUCGUUGUCCGUUAAUCCGGGCUCCGGGGGGGUCUGAACGUGUCGCACAGGAAUCCACACCGCUGUUUCGUGAUAGCAGGCAAACAGUCUCGUGCUUUUAAGGGAGAAGAAGAAGUAGAAGAAGAAGAAGAAGAAGAAUAAAAACGCUGUUUGUUGAGCAGGAAACUGUGGAUGUGGGAAUGAACCGAUGUGGAGGACCAACGCAGAUGAAGUGAGGUGUCCGGGGUCCGCGGACUCAACCCGCUCGGUCAUCGAUCCGCGUGGGGGGGGAGAAGAAUCGGGAGAAGUCACGCGGAGCACAAAAAGCGCUCAUUUAAAGCCGAGGACACAGCAAGUGUGGACCAUGUCCACUCUGUGCUGACAGAGGACCGGGGAGGUGAAACGCUUUGACUGCUCUUUGGGGGUUUUUCAUCGCAACGUAAAGUUGGUCAAUUUCGGAAGAAGUUUUUUUUUUAUUUUGUUUUGUUGUUAUUGGUUACCAUUGGGUCUCAACACCAUGGGGCUGACGUGCAGGAGCGUCGUGCUGCUCGGGUGCAUCUUCUUCCUCCACCGGCCCCUCCUGGCUUCUGCAGAAGAAGAGGUGCUGAUGGACACAAAGACGGAGACCUCCGAUCUCAGGUGGACCAUCUUCUCGCACGCCACACCCGCGUGGGAGCAAGUCAGCGGUUUGGAUGAGGAGAGCCACAGCGUGAGGAUCUAUCAGAUCUCGCAGACCGACAGCUCGUCCAGCCACUGGCUGCGCAGCGGCUUCAUCCAGCGCCGCGGAGCGUCUCAGGUCUACGUGGAGCUGCUCUUCACCAUGAUGGAGUGCUCCUCCACCAGCUCCAACCACCGCACCUGCAAAGAGACCUUCAACCUGUACUACUACCAGGCCGACUCCAACAACGCCACGUCCUCCUACCCGCCCUGGAUGGAGAACCCGUACAUCAAGGUCGACACAGUGGCCGCAGACUUUCUACUGCGGCAGGAUAGGAUCCGGAAAUUCAACGUGAAGACCUUAAGGCUCGGCCCGCUCUCAAAGAGAGGCUUCUACUUGGCUUUUCAGGCUCAGGGCGCCAGCAUGGCCCUGCUGUCCGUCCGGGUCUUCUUCAAAAAGUGCCCCCCUUUGGUCAGUGCUCUUUCCUCCUUCCCGGAGACGGUGCCCCACAUUCUGGUGCAGGAGGCGCAGGGCGUGUGCGUGGCGCACGCCGCCCAGCAGGUGCCCCGACCCCGGCCGCCGAAGCUCUUCUGCGGGGAGGACGGCCAGUGGGUGGGCCAGCCGACGACCUCCUGCGCCUGCCUGCCCGGAUACGAGUCCUCUGAGGGACACACCGUCUGCACAGCUUGCCCAGUUGGUCAGUUCAAGCCUUCCUCGGAGGGGCGGUGUGCACCCUGUCCGGGUUUCAGCCACGCCGCCGCCAGAGGAGCGCCGGUGUGCGCGUGCCGCUCUGGAUACCUGCGUGCGGAGUCCGACCCUCCCGACGCCCAGUGCACAACACCUCCCUCGGCUCCGCGCAGCGUCGUCACCCAGAUCAACGACACCACGCUCAGCCUGGCGUGGAACGAACCUCUGGACAGCGGCGGCCGGGCGGACCUGAGCUACGCCAUCGAGUGCUCCGUGUGCAGGUCGCCCAGGGGGCCGUGCUCCUCCUGCGGGGACAGCGUCAGCUACCGGCCGGCGCAGCGCGGCCUGCAGGGGCGCCGGGUGGAGGUGUGGGGCAUGCUGCCUCAAACCACCUACACCUUCACCAUCCAGACGCUCAACGGCGUGUCUCGCCUCAGCGGCAAGGACCCCGCCAGCGAGACCGUCAACAUCACCACGAGCCACGACGUGCCCUCGCUGGUGUCUGUGGUCCGGAAGGGCGACUCCACGGAGAGCAGUCUGACUCUGCACUGGUCCGUCCCAGCUCAGCCGCACUACGCCAUCCUGCAGUAUCAGCUGCGCUACUGCGAGAAGGAGCGACGCAGCGAGGACCAGUGCCACUACACGGAGAGUAAAAGGAACCAGGCCGUGCUGACGGACCUCCGCCGGGCCACUCAGUACGAGGUGCAGGUCCGAGCGCGCACCGCCGCCGGCUACGGCAGCUUCAGUCCCGCGGCCUUGUUCCACACGCUGCCCGACGGUCACGACUCAGCCGCCCAGUUCUUAAUACCUGGCAUCCUCAUCGCUGUGGGGAUGCUGCUGCUGGUCGCUUUUGUCUUAGUGGCCGCCUACUGCAUACGCAGACACAGCCGGGUAAAAGAUCCAGAGUUGAGCGACAAAAACAGCCAGUACCUUAUUGGCCAAGGGGUCAAGGUGUAUAUCGACCCCUUCACCUACGAGGACCCUAAUGAGGCCGUGCGAGAAUUUGCCAAGGAAAUUGAUGUUUCCUUUGUCAAGAUCGAGGAGGUUAUCGGUGCUGGAGAGUUCGGGGAGGUGUGUCGCGGGCGGCUGAAGGUCCCGGGGAAAAAAGAAAACUACGUGGCCAUCAAGACACUAAAGGGAGGCUUCACUGACAAGCAGAGGCGGGACUUCCUCUCCGAGGCGUCCAUCAUGGGUCAGUUCCAGCACCCCAACAUCAUCCACCUGGAGGGGAUCAUCACGGCCAGCUGUCCGGUUAUGAUCCUCACAGAGUUUAUGGAGAACGGAGCUCUGGACUCGUUUCUGCGGCUCAACGACAGCCAGUUCACUCCCAUCCAGCUGGUGGGGAUGCUGCGCGGCAUCGCCUCCGGCAUGAAGUACCUGGCGGAGAUGAGCUACGUCCACCGAGACCUGGCCGCCCGCAACAUCCUGAUCAACAGCAACCUUGUGUGCAAGGUGUCCGACUUCGGCCUGUCGCGCUUCCUGCAGGAGAACUCGUCCGACCCGACUUAUACCAGCUCCCUGGGAGGUAAAAUCCCGAUUCGCUGGACAGCCCCGGAGGCGAUAGCCUUCCGAAAGUUUACUUCAGCCUCGGACGUGUGGAGCUACGGCAUCGUCAUGUGGGAGGUCAUGUCUUUUGGAGAGAGACCCUAUUGGGACAUGAGCAACCAGGAUGUCAUCAAUGCCAUCGAGCAGGACUACCGGCUGCCGCCCCCACCCGACUGCCCCACCCAUCUGCACCAGCUGAUGCUGGACUGCUGGCAGAAGGACCGCUCGGCGCGCCCUCGCUUCUCGGACCUGGUCAGCGCCCUCGAUAAGCUCAUCCGCAACCCUGCGUCGCUGAAAAUAGUGGCACAAGACGGAGCCGGGCCGUCUUACCCCCUGCUGGACCAGCGUGCACCUGUGGGCCUCUCGUCGUGUGCUUCAGUGGGGGAGUGGCUGAGGGCCAUCAAGAUGGAGCGCUACGAGGACAGCUUCCUGCAGGCCGGCUUCAACUCCGUGGACCAGCUGACCCACAUCACCACACAGGAUCUGCUGCACAUGGGAGUGACUUUGGCCGGCCACCAGAGGAAAAUCCUUUCCAGCAUCCAGACAAUGACCUUUCAGAACAAGAGCACGGCGAAUGUGACCUUCUAGCUGACCUCGUUCAGCAGCGCGGACGCCAGCCGUCUAUUUGGAGCGCUCUGGACGCUCUCCUGUGACCCACUUUGAAACACGGCCUUCAAGGGAAAUCCGCGGGAUUUACCUAUGACCAAAAAAGACUUAGAAAAAUGAGUGACUUAAGAUGACUUUCCCAUGAGAGGGAGUUCUCCAGCCACGUCACGCGUCACGGUGGCGUGUCCCCGACAGACACAGUGACAAUGGGACAAAGUUGCUGUUGAGCAGACUUUAUUUUUUUUUAUAGUCAGUGUUUUUGUAUCUAAUCGGAAUAAGGACCCGAUCAAUGUGCUAAACCAAGAGGAGGGACUCAUCAGAAUUCACAGAGAUUCUGUAGCAUCCUGUCGUCAUGGAAACCGACCGUGGACAAGUUAGUUGUCUCAGCAAAAAGAAAUGCCGGUGGCAAUACAGGCAUUUCAGUUUUCAUAUUGUUGUUAUUAUGAAUGUCUUACAUUUAAUCCAAUUGGAUUACAUUACUACGUAUAGACUUUUUCAUAUUGAGACUGAACAUUUCUAAGAGCUUUUAACAGGAUUUUUAUUUUGUUUUGUUUUCUGUUUGACUUCCACAUUACCUCCUCUUUACUCAGGUGUGAUGUGUGAUGCAAACUCCGGAGAACGCUGCAGUUGUUCUUCCUAAUCAGAGUUCUUUCAUCUUCUCCAGUCUCCUUCUUCAUCGACUCCACAGCGUAUGAGGAGAGAGACACAGAGACAUAUCAGCACUUUUGUCAUUUCAGAGUGAAUAUUGAUCUUCAGUAACUCCAUCCGUUUCUCUCGGGGUAGUUGCUUAUUCCCGCUGCCGGUUGUUUCGGCUGGCAGGUCGGUUUCAUUAUAGUCUGAAGACCGACCCAACAAGGACCAAGUGGGAUCCGAUGCCUGAAAACACCGGAGAAUUGCUUUUCCUUUGUAGAAAUAUACAGAGGAAACUGUUUAGUCUCGAACGUGUUUUUCUUGAUGAAACUGAUGCAUUGAUAAUUCUCUUAUUCUGUAUUCCCCAUAUUCCUGUGCCAUUCAGUUGUCUUUGUGGACUUAAUUGCAAAUUUUAUAAAGCAGAAAUCUCUCAUAAGUGAUUAUUGUCUCAUUAAAAUGUAACUCAAAGGGUUACUUUGACAUUUUGAAGUGUAUUAUUUGUGCUGGUUGUGUAGUUGGCACGUUGUUCCUGCCUUUGCCUCAGAUUCUAAACAUUAUGCAUUAAAGUAAAUGUACAGCUACCAGCCAAGCUAACGUGCUGGCUCGUAGCCACUAACGUCCAUUGGUGUCUGUUGGAGUGAAUCACAGGCUGCAGUUCAAAAUAUCCAAAUAUUGCUUGAAGAUCUCUAGGAGGAGACUACCAGUCAUUUUGGCAAGUCGUUCAUUUUCCUGCUGUAAAUCUGGAAAAUAAAGUAUAAUCAGCUGCUAAAACCAACACCAAAUAAAUACAUUGAAAACAAAACAAAACUUUUUCUUUGCAGUUUUUUUCCUUAGUGCCAUAUAAUUCGUCUUACAGCAAUUUGGGUUGACGUUGUAUUUCUGUCAUAUACAAUUUAUUAUCUUGGUUUUCAAGAGGCUUAAAGUGCAAUUUACACACAUUCAAAUUCCAUUCAAAUGUGAUGGUUGUGAUGUAAAUGUAGGUCGGAUUGAUUCACAUCAAACCCUCGGUGGGAGCAACGGCUGCACUGCGGGUUACACUUGAAAAAAUAUGCCUGGUGAUACAAUAAAAUCAUCCACCCUCUUAAUUAACAUAGUUUUAUGUCAUAGGCCCAUCAGAAACGCUGGUAUUGUCACGGAGGAGUCUGCCAGAUUCAUUUAAUGGUCAUGAGCAACGUGGUCUUCAUAUUGAAGAGCUCAAUGAAAUCGACUUUAAAAUAAUGUAUACAUAAAGUAUGUUUUAAUUACUGUCCUGUGUGUGGGCUAAUCUGUAUUCAGUAUUCAUAAUAAAGAUGCACUACCAGUGUUUACUAUGAA